GGAAGCUGUACGACCUGACAUCAUCCACCGUCAGUCCACCAGCUGAGCAACAACCACCACCACCAUGAGGGUUCUGGUCGUCAUUGUACUGUUGGCAGCCGUCGCAGCAGCAGAGCAGCAGAAGCGCGAGGCUGAGCCCUCUUAUGGCCUCUCCCACGGCUACGGUGGUCACUCCCACAGUCACUCCCACAGUCACGGCCACAGCCAAAGCUACGGAUACGGGGGUUACGGACAUGGAGGCUACGGGAUAGGGUAUGGACAUGGUGGCUAUGGAAUCGGAUCUGGAUUUGGAGGCAUCGGAGGUAUCGGUUAUGGAGGCUAUGGGGGUGUCGGGUAUGGAGGCUAUGGGGGUGUCGGGUAUGGAAAUGGUGGCUAUGGAUAUGGUGGUCUAGGGUACGGAUAUGGCCACAGCAUCGGCAAGCGUGAGGCUAAACCCGAGCCCAGCUACGGCUAUGGUCACCACGGACACGGUGUUGCUUACCACCCAUAUGGAGGCGCAUCUUACGUGGGACCCAGGUACUAUGGCGGACAUGGGUACGGUGGCUACGGGGGUUACGGACUCUACGGACAGGGCCAUGGUUUCGGACACGGGCAUGGCUACGGACGCGGAUAUGGCUACGGACACGGAUAUGGCUACGGUUGCUGGACAAGGGACGGGACGGGUCGCUGUGGGAAGAGACAAGGGAAGCGGGUCUUGUGCGUCGCGUGUGGUGGAAGCCGUGACCAAGACCAACCAUCAGCAGCAGCAUCACACCUGGUUGACGUAGUGUCACGGUGCAUAACCCCACGAGGGUCAAAGGAAAAUUAUGUUGAGUCAUCUAGACCCUCCUAUGGCGGUUACGGAGUCAGCUAUGGACCCACCGUUUACGGACAUGGAGUGGGCUACGGAUAUGGGCUAGGCCACGGUCAUGGCAUCGGAUAUACAACGUAUAGCGUUGGCUACCCUAGCUAUGGCUAUGGUUAUAGCGGCCACCGCAUUGGCAAGCGUGAGGCCAAUCCCGAGCCCAGCUAUCACGGAGGCUAUGGAGGCUACGGUCACGGCGGCUAUGGAGGCUACGGUCACGGCUACGGAGGCUAUGGACUCGGCAUUGGAGGUUUUGGAGGUCACGGACUUGGCUAUGGUGGAUAUGGCGGCUAUGGAGGUUACGGUCUUAGCUAUGGGGGCUACGGAGGCUACGGCCACCAUUACGGUUAAAGCCACUUCGUAGGCAGCUAAAGCCAUCUAUCUUUCUCAGGCCUCAAAUACAUAAAAAAAAAAUUUGGAAGAAAAUUCAUGAUAUUCAUUGCAAUCUCUAAAUUUUUGUCCAGUAAUAAAAAUUUAUGGUGUGUAAA